GAUGGUAACUGGCAUGUAAGGCACAAGGAUGUAUAUUGGACGCUUGAUAUUGUUGUCUGUAAUGACUUUGGUCACGCCGCUGUCAUCCAACACAGCCGAGAAAACCACCAGACAGCAGGCUGGAUCUCUCUUUCCUGACGAUGGAGGUGGCAGAGCUUCCGCCAGACACGGACAUUAUCGUUCUCCUGACGAGAACGCUGACGCAGUCACCCCUAACACGCUGUGGUACCUCGUCAAGAAGAGAUACGUCCGUUCUCACCGGAUCAUCGCCAGAGAUGAUCGUUGCCAGUCUAGCUCUCCCCUGCAUGUUCUGGCCCACCUCACUGACGUAAGUGACGCCGUAGUCACGGAAAACAGAAUGAAUCAAAUGUUGGGAGGCAAGCAAAAUAAUGUACCUUUGGAAUCAGCGCUGCAACAAACCAUGCUCCAAGCAAAACACAUUCAAAAUCAUUACAGUGUACCCAAGAACACGACCCGGCGACCUGGUGGUCGUCUCUCCAGAAGUGUCUCUCUCCCAAAACGAAUACUGAAUCCUGAAAUUGUUUUUAACACUGUCGACGGAGCAUCAUUGAGGGAGAUGCUGGUGAGAGUGGUGAAGCGGGAGAUGAACGAGUGUGACCUGACGCUGAUCUAUGAUGACGGCUUCAACCUCCCUCAUCUUCUCCAACACCUUCUUCCCCCCAACACGCGACAGCAGGUGAUCCAUGUUCAUACGACAGAGGACCUACUGAGUGCAGCGUGGGCGUCUUCAAGGUGCCGAGGGUACCUUUUGCUCCUGCAGGACCUCAGACCGCUCCUGCGAUUCCUCAACACCACCUACGACUCCUGGGACUACCACGGCCGGUACCUGGUGGUGGGGUCGUCUGGUGAGGACCUGGUGGCCGUGGCCAGCUCCUCCAAGGGCAGGAAGACCCAGCAUAUUGUGGGUGUCGUCAAGUCCGUCGGCAGUGCGGGGGAGUGGAGGGGGUAUUCGAACCAGCUGUACUGGGGUCUAGGAAUGCAUGUCUUCACGACCUGGCGAGUGAGUUCCUUCACGUCCCAAGCCGACUUCUUCCCCGACAAGCUGUCUGACCUCCGGGGAGCUGUACUUAAGGUCGUGGCUUUCGUGUGGGAGCCGAGCAUCUUCUACUUCCACACCAGCAACGGUUCCGUCCUCUUCCGCUAUGGCGUGGACAUCGAAGUGACCAGACUGCUCGCGCGAGCCCUCAACUUCACCCUCGAGUUCCUAGAACCACCUCCAGGUGAGCUCUGGGGCUCCGAGAGAAAGGACGGGACGUGGACAGGGAUGAUGGGAUAUUUGGACACGGGCGUAGCGGACAUGGGCGUGGCCAACCUCUACGUGUCUAUAAGUCGGGUGGGCGUCCUGGACUUCUCAGCUCCCUAUGACUCUGAGGUAACAUGCUUCCUGGCACGCAGGGAGUCUCCGGUGCCUCGGUGGCAGGCUCUUGGCUACCCCUUCCAGUGGGGCGUGUGGCUCGCUAUCUUCGUCUGCCUCUUAUUCUCCGGUCCGGCAAUCUUCUUCCUCGUCUCAAGGAGCCGAAAAUUCGGUAAGGAGUUAGGGAGUCUGAGGACCUUGAGUGGCUCCUGGAUCUACAGUGUAGGGAUGCAUCUUAUGAAAUCCCAGGCUCACCUUCCUCUCACCAUCACCACACAGGUGUUCGUCACAUUCCUCUGGCUCUACACCACCAUACUCACCAUCGCCUACUGCACCAACCUCACCGCCUUUCUACUCGUCAGCAAGCCUCCGAGGGCCGUUGAGUCUAUUAAGGAACUUUACGAUUCUGAUCUCAAAGUAGCUGGUAUGGGCGAGUUCUAUAAAGAUGAGCUUGCUUCGGCCAGCGAUCCGUAUCUUAAGAGACUGGCGAAGAUCUACGAGGGGCAGACGUCGACCGACGCGGCCUACCAGAAGGUCCUGAAGGGUGAAGUGGUCUUCCUCCAGAAUCGCGCCUUCGUCGAGUUCAUCGCCAGGACAAAAUUUACGAGUGGCGGCGUCUCUCAGAUGAGGAUAAUGAAGGAAUGCUUCGCACCCUACAACAUCGCCAUGGGGUUACAGCGUCACUCGCCUCUCAAAACCAAAGUCGACGAAGUAAUCGGAUGGAUACAGCAGAGUGGCUUACUGAGGAAGUACUUCCUGGACUCUCUCAGACUUGCGGCCUCGACCAAAGAGUACAAGGGCGGCGACGACACGGGCGUGGAUGGACAGAGCGAUUUCAACCACGAUGGCGGAGUCAUUCCCUUGAGUCUGGAUCACCUGCAGGGAGCUUUCCUCAUCCUCGUCGCCGGGUGCCUCAUUGCUGGAUGUCUUUUCCUCUAUGAGAUAACGUGUUAAUUCUGUGACAUCGACGCAAAAGCUCUCACGGUAGCUGGCCGUAAUCUUAACUUAUUUUAUUCUUAACGUUCAGGGGCGCACACCGCAAUUUAAGGGUUAUACAACCAAGAGGGUAUUAUUUCUAGCAAUUGGUUUGCUGUUAGGUUAAUCUCUAUCGGUUACUUCAAAUGCUUACUGACCAACCAGAGAAUACUUUAGUUCGGAAUACUGUUCACAGCAAAAGUAGAAUCUGUGCUUGUACACUGAGAUAUAGGGUACACUUCUCUGUGUAAGUUUAUGUUGGCGCCUGGUAUUGAACUCUUUAAAAUACUAAAAGCAUUGAAAUAUUGAAUUUUCACUGUUUUAGACAGAAAGUCUCGCAGAUCUUGCAGAAAUAAAUCCCACUACACUGUAAUACUCGCAACUUUACAACCUUCCACUCCUACAGUUGAUAGACUCCUUAUUCUUCCGGAACUGUAGUCGUCAAACUCUAAUCGUCAUGUACUGUAGUCUUCACCACUGUUUAUUUAAAAUGCGGUAGUCAUCUUUAAUUAAGCCCAACACCAAUCCAAGGGAUUCAGUGCUGUAACUUUAAUUUAUUAUCAAAUUUUCAGAACUUUACACCUAGGUACUAAUCCCGUGAUUCCUAGAUUGUCUAUGCCUCAGUACUGCACGUUUCAAGGUGAUAGGAGUGUAAUUGUCAUUACUAUGAGUAGCGCCAUCAAUGCUGAGGUUGGCGCCAUCAGUACUAUGGGUAACACUGAAUAGCACUAUAAAACUCGACCUUGACAACACACUGUUAGGAAAGCUUAAUAAAAUCAAUAUGAGUGUUUCAAUAUCCUCUUUACUAUAUUUUUUCUACAGCUUGUGAAACCCAUAUGUUUAAACUAGUCAAGUUCAAGUAUGUUUAUUGAGACAAGAAAGAAAUACAUCUCAAAGGGAUAGAGUAGCUUAGGCUAUUUCUACCCCCCCCCUCCCCCUUUAAACUA